AUGGCGGAGACAGUGUACUCAACCAGCACUCGAGGCGAGCAGACGGAGGCAGAGAACCGGCUGGACGAAGCCUUUCAAGCCUUCUGGGAAAAGCUGGAAGCUCUUCUUUCCUCAACAACCCCGGAGAAAGGGCCUGACACCCUGCCGCGCACUCCCACAAGCUUACCCAAACAGAAGACCACACAGAAACUCCUACCACUAGGCUGCAUGGAAAAAUGGAGCUGGCGGGAAAUCACCACAAGGCAGGGGACCAAAGAUACAUCUGGCGGCAACAGGAGCAAGAAGGCAACCCCCUGGUACCCGAAAGUACCUAUGCUGAGGCGCACUAGCCCACUCACCCAUCACCCUGGAGCUCCCAGACACCGGCUGAAGGUGCGAGUUGCCGCAGCGAGAACCCCCUGUAACCGACCACACGGGAAAGGGAUAUUGCAACCGAGCAGACGGCACCCGAGGGGGCGCCCCACGAGCCACGAACCAAGCACCGCUCUGAUCCAGCCCAUGCCUGCCAGACAGCAACAGCGACGGCGGGACCACACCGGGACACAGACUCUCAUUGAG